AUGAAUCCAAGACCCGUGGUCUGCCACGGUACGGAGACGCAGCCCGCCCGCAACCUCGCCGAAGCAGACCGACAGCCUCGGACCCCUCCAGGCUUGGGUAUCAUAAGCAGAUUUUACAAGGCGGACGUGCACCCUCCCGUACCGCUCUUCGCUCUCCCACCAACUCCAGACGAAUUUUCCACUUGGCGCCCGACAUCGUCCGUCUACUCCCACAACCCGCUCGUCACUUCCGAUUUCGCAAACCUGGCGACCUACGGCUACUAUGGAGCAGGCGGCGAGGGCAUCUCGCCGCCGAGCUCGCCCGAGAUGGCAGCCGUUCAACAAGGGCGCGAUGUUUCCCCGAUUGACGAGUUUCCCGACAAGUCCGGCUUCGACCAGAGGCCCUCGCGGCAGCCAUCGACGUCGCAAUCUAAGAGCAACAUCCCAAUGAUGCGCCGUCAACGCCGGCAAACCCAGGAAGCUGCGGCCGCCACAUUGAGAGAAUCCAAGUCAAGGGAUCGCUUGCGGGAUCGCCCAGCCCCUACCGGCUUGUCAUCUGAUGCUGUUGCGGCGUAUCCGUCACCUGGGAAAGGAGAAGGCGCGGGCCAGUCUGCGACUGGAAGACAGGUUUUCAAGAUGGCCAAUGGCCGCGAGAUGAAGUGGGAUGCCAUGACCGGCGAACCUACCCUUGGUCCCAAAGGAUACUCGGCCCAGGUUAAGCCUGCGGAGUACGCCCAGGAGUUUGGAGCUGGUGGCCAUGGCGCGGGGGCUUCUGGUGCUUCUGCUGCUGCUGCCCCGGCCUCCAACCCAGCGGCUAGCGCACUCUCGAGGUUACGCACUGCCGGACCAAGCGUUGCCGUGGCCCCUGAGAGGGUUCACACUCUGAGCCCGGAGCCAGAAGAACCGCCGCUGGUACAACGGUCGACGACGCCGUCUGCGCAGCCAUCGGCGACGGCGAGGCCGCCCCGGGCCGCCAGCCUCGCACAACGCCCGCAGUGGAAGGGUGGGAGCGGGCGGGUGACACUGGUGGACCCGGUGCACGACACACCGCAGGAACCGCCGGUGCACAUUCCCCGAAAGAGCAGCAAGCGCACGGCAAACCUGAGCCGAGGCGCGCGGGGCGGCCCUGGAGGCCCUAGGGCUCCCAACCUCAUUUGCCCCAAGAGCCAGCGCAAGCGCAAGCGCCGAGUCGAGCAGCAAACCACCUCAGGCCCACCACAACCCCCACCUCUCGACAGCCUCGUCAGUGUACUCGCAGUUCGAUCCCCGCCGCCGGUCAAUUACUCCAACGUCUCGACAAACCGUCACAACGUACGCGACGUCGGCCCAUACCGGAUCGCCCAAGCCAUCUAUGGACGUGGACCGACCGCCGAUGCCAACGCCACCGCAGGCUUAUUCCUCGCUAUUGUCGAAUUCGCCCCCGGUCGAAAGGACAACCUUGUCAUUACCAUGAACCAGCCCUACAUGUCGGGAGCGCGGGGCGGCUCCUCGCCGAUCGGCAAGCCCAUGGGACCGCGCGAUGCGGUUCCCAGCUACCUGCGAUCCAACACGUGGGGCGACUCGAGCUCCUCGGUUUUCAGCGCCGACGCUCGCCCGGGUUCGGUGGCGUCGACGAGCAAGGCGCUCCCGCCGGCGCCUCCGGAGAUCAACCCGGCCAACGACAGGGUGGGGUACCUCAAUGCGCGGCUCCAAUCGCUCGCAAACCGACGCCUCAACAUCAACAAGAGCAUCAAGAAGAUGACGGAGAUGAUGCCGACGGAUAACCUCAUGGCCAGCGACGCGGUGCUCAGGAAGCGCGAGGCGGAAAAGGUCAAGAUUGAGAGCCUCAAGGUCGAGCUAUCCGAGGUGCAGCGUGAGGAAUAUGAGCUUGGUCUCAAGCUUCACAGGGCGUAUAAGCGACAGGACCGCGAUGCCGAGUAUGAACCCACCACCCUCUGGGUGCGCAGGGUAACGGGUGCAUAG